UACGUCCCCACGCAGUACGAGCUCUUCACCAAGACAACCCUCGUCGACUCGCAGGACGUCGAGCUCGAGCUCUGGGACACCUCUGGGGACAUCCAGCUGCACCAGCUGCGGCUGCUGUCGUAUCUCGCCUGGGACGCCGUGUUCCUCUGCUUCAGCGUCAACAGUCAGAAGCAGUUUGACCGGACGCAGACUCAGUGGCUCAGAGAGAUCCGGAUGAACUGCCGCGACGCCCCCGUCAUCCUGGUCGGCUGCAAGAAGGACCUCCGCGCCGGGUCGGGAGUCUGGCAGCCGCUACGGCUAACCAAAAGUGACCAUCCUGUACACACACAGGCCUGCCUGGCUGCCCACACGACCGGUGCGGUGCGAUACAUGGAGUGCUCGGCCCUCACGGGCGAGGGGGUGGCCGAGAUCCUCGACGAGGGGGUGCGC